AUGGCCAGCUCGGCUUCUCCCGUAGUCCCUCCAAUGCGGGAGCCGGUGACGCAAGUCCUCGGCCACUUCCUCGGGCCCCACGAUGUUGUCGUCGAAUCGCCGACCGGCUCCGGCAAGACGCUCGCCUUCGGCCUGCCCGUUUUGACAAUGAUGCGCCGCCACAGUGACAAGACCAAGUCUCAGUGGAAGCCGAGCGAAAUCGGCGCCCUCAUCCUGUCCCCCACACGCGAGUUGGCCAUCCAGACGGGCAAGGUUCUCGAGCCGUUCGCCGCCAAACUCGAGUUCAAGCUGAAGACGGCCAUCGGCGGCUCGAAGAAGCCGGUCGACGAACUGGCGGCGAUACUGAAGGACGGGUGCAAUUUACUGGUGGCGACACCGGGACGGUUGGAGCAGCUGCUGACCCUGGACACCACACAGGCGCUGCACAGGGCGUUAAAGGCGCUGUUGGUGCUCAUCAUCGACGAGGCCGACCGGUUCACCGAGGCCGCUUUCUCCCAAAGCAUCACCCAAAUCAUGGCCGCCGUGCCGAAGCAGCGGCGAACCGGUCUUUUCUCGGCAACGCAGGCCAAAGAAGCCGAGGACUUGAUCAAGUUCCCGCUGCACGAGCCGAUCACCAUCAAGCUCAAGGAGCAGGAGGACACCGUCUGCCCGACGACACUGACGAAUUACUAUAUUACCUCAGAUGCACAUCUAAAGAUGAUCACGCUGCUCGAAUUCAUCAGGAGUAAGCCUAACGAAAAGAUAGUCGUCUUCCUCUCGUCCCGUCAUUGCGUCGACUACCUGGUCCUUAUCUUCCCACGCCUCCUCAAGAAGCGCGCCAUCUUCGGCGUUCACGGCCAGAACACGGAGAAGCGGACGGUCACGUUGGAAAAGUUCCGCAACAGCACAAACGGCGUGCUGCUGUGCACGGACGUGUUCAGCCGCGGAAUCGACGUGCCCAACAUCGACUGGGUGGUGCAGUUCGACGUGCCGCGGACGAGCAGUUGGUUCGUCCAUCGGGCUGGUCGUGCCGGACGGUGCGGACGCGAGGGCUUCUCCCUGUUGAUGCUCACCCCACAGGAGACGGCGUUCAUUCAAUUCGUGGAAAAGUACGAGCAGGUGAAGCUUGAAGAGACUCACGUGAAGACGGUGACCGAGCUCAAGGCCGAGCAGCUCAUGGAGCAGAUGCGGAAAUUUGCCGUGCAUGACCGCGCCGUCCUCAACGCCGGCACGCGCGCCUUCGUCUCCUUCAUCGAGGCGUACAAGCGACACGAUUGCCACAUUGUUUGCCCUCUGAAAGAUCAAGACCUCGUCGGUCUCGCCCACGCCUACGGCCUUCUACGCAUGCCCCGCAUGGAGGAGCUGAGCGCGAGGACCGAUUUGGACAAGUUCAAGCGAAGUGACGUUGACACGUCCAAGAUCAAGUUCCUCGACGAGAAGCGCGAAAAGAUGCGGCUCGAGAAGAUGGGCGACAAGGCGGUGCAAAAGCAGGAGCGCAAGAAGGCGGCCAUCGAGAAGAAGGAGAAAAAGGCUAAAAAGAGAAAACCGACGGCCACCCGCUCGAACGCGACGCCGAAUAAGAAGACAAAGUUUGCGGAUAACGACGUAGACGAUCGGCAAAUGAUGCGCAAGAUGAAGGGCGGCCGACUGGGCAAGAAGGACUUGAAGGCGAUUGAC